AUGCCUGCUCCAGUUCAACCGCCUGCACCGGCGGUGCGAGGAGUGCAAUCCACUGCGCCCGUACCUCCUCCCUCCAGCCAGCGACCGCGAGCAAUCGACGCGCCGGGUAUCAAGCCGGAUUCCAGUUCUCCGAUCACGAGAGUCUGGCCUGCGAGCAUGACGGCUGGUGUGAAAGCUGCGGAGUCGAACCAAGGUGGCGGCUCCUUUGGUAACUCUGCUCGGGGCUUCUCUGUUCCUCCGCAACCGCUCUUUGGGAAAGGGCAAGCUUUCGGUACGCCAGAAAAUCAUCGCCCACUGACUGCUGCGACGCCUCAGUUCGGCCAGGUCAAUACUGGAAGCACCCAAGCGCCGGUGAAGAAUAUACCACGCGUAGGCGAGCGUUCUCCCCACGCACAAAUAUUUGACUUCGGCACAAAGGUCGUGACCAUCCGUGUUGGUCAUGAGCCCCAGCAUAAAGACUUUACCGUGCACGAAAACCUACUGAGCCGAUCACCGUACCUGAUGGACAUUCGCCACAAAAUGUCUACCUACAUUUCGUUGCCGGAUGCACAGCCAGAAGCCUUCAGCAUCUACCAACAAUGGCUGUACACGAAAGGACUUCAUACAAAGACAACAGUCAAGGAGGUAACUUUCGGACCUUUUGACCCAUCACACCGCGACGAAUGGACCAAGCUCACUGAUAUAUAUCUCCUGGGUCACAAGCUCGUCGAUACCGAUUUCCAAGACAGGGUGAUGGACGGCAUACUCGAGUGGCUGGACGAGACGACCACCAGCAUUUACGAUCUAUCUGUGCUUCUUGAAAACGUUGUUCAGAUUUACAUAGCGCUCAAAGACGCACGCGAAGACAAUCCUUUGAAACGUCUGAUAUCUGACACAGUCUCGCUGAAGUUCACUGACGCCAUGAUACAAAAGAUGGUCACUGAUCGUAAGAAGGAACUGCCACGCUCGCUCUUGCUGGACCUUGUGUCGAAGCUUUCUGCAAAUUCCAGUGGAAGCCUGAUCAUGUCCAGAGUUUCUACUCACCCUGAGUUCCGAGAGGCUUGCCACUAUCAUUGCCAUGCGGCGGGAGACUGUUACAGAAAGAAGUGA